AUGGCAAGCCUGAAGACCUUUUUUUCAUGGACGGAUGACGAGGUCCAGUUGUUACUAAAUGUAACAUUGGAUUAUAAAACAACGGUGUCGGGUCAGGGUGUGGACUGGGAAAGUGUCCAAACAAAAUACGGGGACAUACUGGGCCGUUUUUUGGACCACUACCCCUCGCCAGAGGAUGCCCGCGCAAGUGGGAAAGACUUCCCUCACGCGAAGGAGGAGAUCUCAAAAGCUCAAGUGACAUCGAAGCUUAAGGCCAUACGCGCGAAGUACAGACGGGCUGUGGAUGCUGGGCGGAGGAGUGGUUGCGGCCAAGUGGUUCUCUUCUUUGAAUUGUGUGAGGCCAUUUGGGGGGGAUCAACUGGCACCUGCUCCCUUCCUGGAGGAAUAGAGACAGCAGACCUUCGUGCGGACCGACCUUCUGAGGCAACAAGCUCCACAUCAAGCUCCACGACAGAAGGUGGCACUGACUGUGAUGAGGAUGAGGUGGGUAGCCAGGUGCUGAGUGGGCAGACGGUUGCGAGGCGUCGCACUCAACUGGCCACAAUGAUGGAGUCGCACCGCACAGACCGGCUGAAGAGGAAGAUAUCGCCACUUGUCAUUGCUCAGGAGGAACUGGAGCUAAAGCGUCGAAUGUUCCAGCGGCUGGAGGAGACUGACCGUGAGUUCAUCGGCGCCAUGAACCGCAUGGCCGCAUCAGUUGAAAUGCUGGUGCAGCACAUGAUCAGUGGCUCCAGCCACAGGAGGCUUCAGUCACCACAGCACAGCACACCACACCAUGCCUCCUUACAUUACAGCACACCACGCCACGGAACCUCAUACUACAGUGACACACAGGACAGCAUGCCAUAUCCCAGUUAUGGGCAUCUGUAAAUAGCAAAAAACCCUUUUUAAUUUACAAUUUCAUGUUCAAUUUGUUCACUGUUAAUUUUAUUGAGUGAAAACCAUGUACCACUUAUACCAUUUUACAUGUAGGAAGGCAUGCAAACUCCGCACAGAAAGGCCCUCGCCGGCCACAGGGCUCGAACCCGGACCUUCUUGCUGUGAGGCGACAGCGCUAACCACUACACCACCGUGCCGCCUGACUUUGAUUCUCAUUUAAUUUACAAUUUCAUGUUCAAUUUGUUCACUGUUAAUUUUAUUGAGUGAAAACCAUGUACCACUUAUACCAUUUUACUGCAUGUUUAUACCCAUGUUUAAUUUUUUUUUA